AUGGUCACAUUGAUAAGUGUGCCUGUGACUCUUCCCAAAGACAAAGUUCCUACCAAAAGAAACCUCAGAGACAUCAUCAGCUCAUUUCUGACGGAAGAAUGGCCAUCCGUGGACCCAGAGACCCUGACCAUGUCGUACCAUGCAUCAUUUGCCAACGCCCACUGUCCCGUGGAGCGACCGAAGCCGGCUACUGGCGCAUCUACUGAGCCCUUAAAGGUGUUCAUCAAAUUUCAUAAUGGCACUGGGAGCGAUCUCGGAACUUUGAAGCCUCUGGCACCGAGUAAGCAUGAGGAAGCGCUCUUUUGCUACGAGUACGGCGGAUCUGGCCUGGGAGCCAAAGUUUAUGGAUUCUUCAAGACACAAGAUGGCACACUCGGGAGAAUUGACGAGUUCCUUGACGCACGUAACUUGGAACCGGAGGACGUUGAGAACACGGUCAUCCGAGCGGAUAUUGCUAAAGCAUUGGCAAAGCUCCAUGUUUUGAAGAUGCCACUGGAGAAAAGGGCCGUGGAGCCAUACUACGAAGCCAUCAUCAACGGACUCAAGAAGUACCACAAGAUGGACAAGCUGAAGGUACUUGGGAGAGAAGGAGGUGUCAAUCUGGACAACCUGGUCGAUUACGAUUUUUGGACAAGGUUGCAGAAUGUGGUGGACAAGCUGAAUUCCAUAGGAGGAAAGACAGGAUGGUGUAUCCAUGACAUGCAGUUCAUGAAUGUGAUGGUGAAGAAUGAUCCGAAGGAGGGAGAGAGCAGAGUUGCCUUGAUUGACUUCGAGUUUGUGAUGCAGAAUUAUCGAGCACUUGACAUUGGCGGGCAUUUUAUGCAGAAGAUGUUCAAAUGGUUUGACAAGGAGAGCAGGAUAGCAAAUUGCAGAAAGUACACAGAAGAGGAGAAGAGACACUUCUGCGAGGAGUACGCCACUCAGUGGAACAAACUAACUGGUGAUUCAGAUACCCGGGAUCAGGUGUUCCUGGAAUCUGAAUAUGGAUAUAUGUUGGCAAUCGGUUUUGACAUCCACAAUAUGCUGUGCUUCAUGAGUGAAGAAGAUGAUAAAGAUUCCUUGAAUCUUCUUGGGCUUAACAAGCUUUUUGAUGAGUUUGUGGAUCAGUAUGCCAAACUUAGGCUAGAGGAUCCGUGA